CCAAGAUGGCGGUCGAAGUAGAGACUUGUGGUUCUUGUUGUCUGAAGUUAAAAGACCUCAUCAAAGGCUAUGAAUCUGAACUUGGACUUACUGGCAACAACGCUGAUGGAACUAAGAUUCACAUUUUUGGUAAUGUCAACUUUUGUCUUGAGCACAACAAAUUCUCAGAGUUAUUGAACAGUAUUCGAUCGAAAUGUCAACAGUGUAAGUCAUGGACGGACUCGAAAAAAGCUAUUAGAGCAUCAUUGGAAAGACAACAACAAACAGAAAACCUUGCACCAGUUAAGGGCUUUAUCAAAGAAUGUCUGGAUAAGCUACAACAUGCAAUGAAAGAUAAUUCCAUAAAGGGAGUUGUGCAAAGACUAGAAGCAAUCACCAGGAAAGUUGGACUCAAGUUUUAUGACAAUGGCACUGGCACUGACUGUUUUAUCAGUUCUGACAUGUUUUAUGUAGAGGUCAAGAUGGAAACUAAUGGUAAAGUCUCUGAAGUGAAAGUAGCUCAUGCUGGGGAUCCUGAGAGUUGUCCUGAGUUGACUCGUGUAUUGAGGGAAGGAGAUUAUGAAGAAUUUGCUUGUCACCUUAAAGGUUUAUCAGAUCUGUAUGAACUCUCAGGAGACACAUUUCAGAAGUCUAAGAUUCUGAUGGCGUUGAAAGCAUUAGAGAUAGAUAUCAACAUGAUUCUGUCACUUUAUGGGUCAAAUGAAAACUCCACAGAUACCAUAUUAAAAUGUCCCGUUGGUUUUGGAACACCAAGACAGGGAGGUCGGCUCAUGCGGCUCACCUACUUUGCCACACCCUAUGAGUUGCUUGAUGUGAAGAAUCCUGGUGAAAACUUGAAGUUCACUAAGGAUAACCAUCCACCUUUAGAUCUUGGUUGCUGGGUCAGUCUGUCAGUAGAACAAUCACAGAUGUGCCACCUUCCUACCAAACCUCUGAUUGAAGAGCCCAUGAUGGAAUGCAUGAUAGAUGACAUAGUCAAAUAUCAACCUCUUGAUGAUAACAACAGUGAUGAGCUUCCUGCAUCAUUUGUUCUUCGACUCAAUAAACCCAUGGUCAUGUCGGUCCAAUGUGCACAGAAAAUAUGCUCUGUUAUACAUCAAGGAGGGAAUUUUGUCCAUUCAUCCAAAAUAUCAGUUGAAAAACUGCUUAUUAGAGAAUGGUGGAAAUCUCAAGGCAUUACAUCUGAAGAACAACCAGUAACGUAUUAUGCAGAUCUACCUGGCCACUACCAUGUGUACUACAAUACAGAAUCUGAUUUCACUGACGAGUUCGUUGGAGAUAAUGCAGGAGUGUUGGUAUAUAGAGUACCAUUCACUCAUCCCAGUCACGUACCAGACAUUAUUAAGCAACUAAGACGGCAGGCCUCUUAUAACAGUUUGCUUACUAGUGCUUUAAGAACAGACAAGACGCCACCCAAAGCGAAAGAUCAAACAGAGUACACUUUUGAGCUCAGCACACCAGCUCCUUUUACCGUCACCAUCACCUUUGAACAUCCUUGCACUGCUGGAAUGGCCUCAAUUGACUUUGAAGUAGGAGAAGACAGUAACGUCCAGGCCUCAUUACACACUGUGCCAGGCCAACCAGUAUUCGGCACCAAUGAAUACCUCACUAAAGUCAUACAAAGGUGUCAUUCCAUACCGGCAGCUAUGCGAUGUGUAAUCAGAAAAGCCCAUUCAGUCAAACCUGAAGAACUCCCAGUGAAGAAGACCAUUACUCAAGGUCUAACACCUACCAUAACAACACCCCACAGUGCUAACAUCGACAAACUCACCAUACCUGGAAACCCUUUCUUUGCAAAUCCAUCAGGCCCUAAUACGCCUGCUUAUUUUGGAAGCACUUCGCCUACAUUUGGGUUCUCGUUGGAGACCCCUUCACCCACCCUCAGCGCGUUCCCCUUCUCGAUCUCACCGACGUUGAAUACCUUCUCCUUUGUUGGCAAUGAAAUGAAUUCAAUGAACUCUGACAUGAUCAGUUCUAGACUGACGGAUAAAAAGCUUGAAACCCCUAAACCCCCGUCAACUCCGAAACUAACUCUGGUGUUGAAGCGCAAACGAGACGAUGAGUACGUUGUCAAGGACUUCCAAGUACCUGAGAUGACCAUUGAUUCACUCGAUUCAUCCUCCAUCAACACACAAUCAGAACCCCCAAAAAUGAGCUACGAGGGACUGCAAUCACCCAAGGUUCUGGAGCAUCCCGCAUCCAUGGAGCCAGCCCCUCCUGUACUAGAUUUAGGGAAAUCCAGAGUAGAUGGGAUGGGCUCUUACGGUGUCUUAGGGCCUGGAUUUGGGGAUAUGAGCUCAGGUAGCUUGCAGUCUUCUAGCAGUGGUCUUAAUAUGAGUUCCACGGCGAUUUCUAUGUCUACUAGUGGACUUGGGUUAGCGGCUGGUAUGGAGACGAUUCCUGGAACAGAGCUGUUCGAUAUGACCUCUGGGGUUGGUCCAGUUGGUAGUUCUGUUGCUGACUUGGAAGGAAUUCUGUCAAGUCUUCCUGGUGCCUCCCAUCUUUCGGUUGACAGUGCUUUAGAAUUUGAUGCUGGAUUAGGGUCUGGAUCUCAUGUCAUGGACGUUGAUGGGAACUUUGAUAUUGAUGCUGCAAUCGAUGCUAGUGCUUCCAGUGAUCCUAGUAUUGCAGGUGUCGUGGCAUCAGCCGAUGCAUUUGACGUUGAUUCUGCUUUAGAAUUUGACCUUGAUCAUAUUACCGGACCAGCAAAUGACUUGAAUUCAGGGGGAUCGGACCUUGGUGACCAGACACUUCCUGACUCACUGCUCAGCCCGGGCGAUGGUAUGGUUUCCAUGGACACAGGAAUGAUAAGUGAUUAGUGCGUAUGGUAUAAAACAUGGCUUGCCAGUCGAACUUGGCUCAACUCUAGCGGUGCGGUUGGUUACCAUAGAUACUGGUCUAGGAUGAAUGUUCCUAGCAUGUUACAAACGCUCAUCUCGGAGACUCAACUUUCUGUCUUUCAAGUAAGCAUGCUCUCCAGCUGAGUUCACCCUCAGAAGGAACUCAAGGUCAACCAAUCAGAAUUGAGUAAUAAACACUGUAUAUUAAUUAGCAUAUUGUUCAUGAUUCUGCCAAGAGAACCCAUGAAAUAUGAAUUCUUCAUUCUUUAAAUUGAUGGGCGUAAAUGCUAGUCGAAUUCAUCAGGCAGAAUUCCAUUUCAAUUGACAAGAGAAAUCUUCAUUGCACUCGGCCUCUGCUCCAAAAAUGUUAAACAAAAAUAGUUGACCCAGGGUUCCUUUCAGGAAAUACGGUCAACUCAGCUGGCUGAUGUCGACACAUUAAAUAUCUAUCGCUUUAUCUACCUUGUUCUACCUUAUCUCCCAUCCUAAAAUGUUGCAUUUUCUUGCCAAAAUAAAAAAACUUAAGGUUAACGGCUGGGGUCAAUAAGUCAUCGAGUGUUUUUAGUGCAUAGAUUAUAUACAUUAAAUACGUGUCCAUUUUCCCAUUGUAUAUAAUCUCAUAAUAUAACAUCCCAUGGAUACCAUGUAAAUAAGUAGAAUGAAACAUAGUAGUACUCAACUACAAUAGUUGUAUAUACAAUAGAAAGAUUAAAAUAAUCUUAAUUCA